AUGAUGGCGCAGGAUCCGUCGUCUUCUCCUCUCCCCUUGCAGGCCGGCGCUGUCGCCCCCGCGUCGUCCUUUUCCUCGCAGGCGUCUUCAUCUCCUUUUCGUCUCCAUCGGGUCUCGCGGACAGACGCCGGAAGCCCUGACGCUCUUUCCUCUCCUCACCGCGUGACAUAUCCCGCCCGUCUUUCUGCAGCGAGCCCCGGCAAGAGCGCAGGACCGCACGCGGAGUUCCGCCGACGGCAGAGCCGCAGAGAGGCCGACGAGCGCGAGGCUGCGAGGCUCCAGCGCCAGGCUGUGCUUCGCCUGCUUCCGCGCGCGGAGGGGCGCGCCGCGAGCCGAGGCAAGCGCAGCGGUCGCGCGCGGCAAAUCGACGUCGUUCGCCACGCGCGCGCCGAGAAAGAAGCGGCGAAGAAACCCAAGCGACGGCUGGCGGUGUGGCGCUCGAGGCCGGCCAGCUGGCUGCUGAGCGCCUCGUCGACCGGGGGCACGCCGUCAGCGAGUCGCGAACUCGUGUACGUCUCCCUCAGCGGCGUCGUCAUCCCCAAGCCUCUCUGCUUCCGAGUCGCGGCUGAGGAGAAGAGAUUCUUCAGGGCCCGCGGCAUCUCAGAUCGGCCGGAUUACUCCAGCGCCCUGUUGCACCCCGAGACGCUUCCGCCGUUUCGCGAGCGUCGUCUGCAGGCCUUGGCGUCCUCUACUGAGGAUAACGUCGUGUCCGCGUCCCCUCGCGUCCCUCCUCUCUCUUCAGCGCUUUCGUCGGCGUCACGUUCCUCCUCGUCUUCGGCAGGCCUUUCUGCCGGCGCUGGCGCGUGCGACUUCGCGACCUGGUGUCUCCCGCGCUCUCUGAUCGACGCACUCGCGGCGCGAAACAUCCACGCGCUGUACCCCUGGCAAGCCGAGUGCCUCUCACUGGCUCUUCCCUUCUUUGGGCGAUCCCUGGCGCCUCCUCCUCCGCCUUCCUCGGCCCCCGCGCCAGUGCCCUCUUCCGCCUCGACUCCGCUUGGCGUCGCCUCUUCUGCAGCUCCGUGUGAUGCGGUGGCGGCUCGUUCCUCGGCUGCGUCGCUUCGUUUCGCGCCCAUGGAGGCGGUUGCCGCGGAGGCUUCAGAGGAGCUCGGGGCGCAGGCGAAGAUCGCCGCCGACAGGCGGACUGUCGACGGCGCGACGGCCGAAGAGCGCCGCGCAGAAGCGCUUCUCGCAGGCCGCGAGGACGAGGCCUCCGUGCUCCGCAGAGGGGAAGAAGAGGCUCAUCGGCGGAAUGCGAGAGGCGGAGAUGAACGGGAAGGCGAAGGUGGAGGCAAUAAGCAGAGGCGCUCGUGCCCGUCUUCGCCCUCGAGCUGCGAGACUGUGGUUGCCGACGACGAGGCGGGGGACGCAUGUGACGCAUGGCGGGGAGACGCCCACGCAGAAGCCCGCGGCGUGGAAGGAGGAGACGCGAGGCGCUUCGGUGGAGGGAGGACGCGCGAGCAGUCGAGAGAGGGGAGUCUCACGGGUCGAUCUCUCAUCUACUGCGCGCCGACGUCCGGCGGAAAGUCGCUGGUAGCGGACUUGAUUAUGGUGCUCAGGUGUCUCUUCGCGGGCAAGCGGUGUUUGUACAUCGUGCCGCACGUGUCGCUCUGUCGCGAGAAGACCGAGUUCCUCCACAGCAUUCUGUUCCCCUCGCUCUGCCUCCGCGUUCAGGCGUUCAACGCGUCCGCCGCUUCGGCCUCCAGUUGGUUCGCCGGUAUCGACAUCGCAGUCUGUACGGUGGAGCAGGCCAACAACAUCAUCAACCGCCUGCUUCAGCAUGCCGCGCCGAUUGCGCGCGCGCACAGGACCGCUCUCUCGCGUCUGCUUCGUGGCGGGGAGGACGCGCUGAAGCUGGGUGGGUCUGAUACAGACUCCGCAGCGGAGGCGCAGAGUUUAGACGCCCCCUCGCCCGCUGCAGACCGCGGAGAGAAGCCUCGCGGCAGCAGGAAGCUUGCGUCUCUCGCGGGGCUGCUGCUGGAGGACAUUGGCGUGGUUGUCCUUGAUGAGUUCCACACGCUUGGCGAGAAGGAGCGUGGCUACCUCGUGGAGCUCUUGCUGAUGAAAAUCAUGUUCCUCAACCUCUUUCUGCUUCAGGACAUCCAAGUCGUUGCCAUGUCUGCGACGCUGCCCUGCGUGCACCAGCUCGCCCAGUGGCUCAACGCAGACGUGUUCACCACGGCGCUGCGGCCUUUGCCUCUUGAUUAUUUUCUAAAGUGCGACGGCGCGGUCUACCGCUCCGCUGUGACUUAUCCUCCCUCGCUCUCGAUCUCCCCCUCGGUCACGACUUCUCCCGAUUCUGGUUCCUCUUCGCCUCGGUCGUCUUCGUCGCCGGCGCGUGCGGCUUGGUCUUCCAGUGUGUGUUUUCAUCCCGAGGCCGCGGCGUGCACGGCCUCUUCGCCGCCUUUGUCACCGCGCAGAUCUCUCCCCCCGCCAUCGCGUGCUUCGUUUCCGACUUCACCUCCCGUCUCGAUGCCUUCGUCUUCUGGUCUUUCUUCCGGGUCUGCUGCUUUUUUUCCACCUGGCUCUUGUUCUGCCACGGCGGUCGCUCGUCCGCUGCCGCUCGCCUCGCCGGCCUCUUCGUACUCCCUGUCGUCUUCCACUUCUUCAUCAUCCGAUUCUUCUUCAUCUUCCGCUUCUUCUUCUCUAUGCGUCGCGUCAGGGCCCGUGCUGCGCCCGCAGUUGGUUCGUCGGCUUCCGGAAACGCGUCACGCUAUUUCUCCGCUGGUUCUUUCUUCUUCGGCAGCCGCUUCCGCGGCCCUUUCGCAGGCGGUCUCUUUUCUCCUCGCGCGCGGCGCGAGCGUGCAUACACUCACCCACGAAUGGGUGGCGCAGCGGGCGCUGGCGCUGUUGAGGGAGCACCGCAGAGAUAAGGCGCAAGCAGAGAGACAGAAGAGGGAGAAGACGGAUCCCGCGGCAAGCCGCGAGUCGAUGGAGAGGGGGGACGCGGACGCAAGAGCAAAAGGCGAGUCGGCGAAAGAUGACCCACUCAGGCCGCCGCUGAGUCGUCAACCUCUUGCAAAGCGCGGGGAGGACGACGCGGGCGAACCCGAUGGAGAGGGAGAUGAUCCAACGAAGCGUGCACGACACGGAGGAGAUGGCGCGAGAGAGGAGCUGGACAGGCGUGGAGCAGCGGAGGGUCAUCCAGGUGCUUGCUGUCAGCCGCCGCAGGAGGCGCAGGAGCCCGCGCAGGAGGAGAACAGGGCGUCUCCGAUGGGCACCCAGUCCCCCUCUUCGCUGUCCUCUGCAUGUGCGUGGUGUGUGUCUCCUUCCUCGCCGGUUUCUUCCCGCGCCGCGGCUGCCUCGUCGUGGACUUCUGCGCGCGCACCCGCGGGAGCGGGUCGCCUGCUGACCGACGGGGAGCACCUCGGCUACCUCGUGUGGGAGGCGGUGCGCGAGGAGAAAUCCGUCAUUCUCUUCUGCGCGACGAAGGCCUGGAGCGCCAAGUCUGCUGGCUUUCUUGCCAGUCGCCUUCCUCUCUAUCGGCUGUUGGCGGCUUCCAAGUGGCUCGAGUCGCCUGCGGCCGCGGCGCGUCUGGAGGCGCUCUCCGCGGGCUCGUCGCCGCUCUCUGCGUCUCGUUCGUCGCGCGUCUCCUCGGCGGAGACUCUUGCGGGAGCGUCCUCCUCCGCGGAGCGCCUCGAGGAGCUGCUGGUGUUUGCGCCGUCGCUCUUUGUCGCCCCAGCGCUUCAGGAGGGCCGCGAAGAGCUUAUACACCUCCUGCGCCAGGCAGGCGGCGGCCGCGUCUGCGAAGUGCAGGAGCGCGCGGUGCGGCAAGGCGUGGCGUACCACCACGCAGGUCUCGACGGCCCUUCGCGGGCGGCGAUUGAAGUCGCGUACCAUCACGGCAUUCUGCACGUCCUCUGCGCGACGUCGACUUUGGCCAUUGGCGUGAACUUGCCGGCGGAGCGAGUCAUCGUCCGGUCUCCCGAGAUCGGCCGCGAGGCUCUUGACGUCGCGCGCUUCAGGCAGAUGGCAGGCCGCGCAGGCCGCACGGGCUACACGGCACGGGGCUUCAACUCGCUUCGCGAGCACCAGGCGCCUGAGUUCUGUCACGCUGUUUGUUGGCUCUUCAGCGGCGAGGCGUUUCUCUUCUGCAGUGUGGAGCAGCUUCCUGCUUGUCUUUCUCUCAUUUCUGGCGUUCCCACGCCUGCCGCGUCACCGCCAACUGCUUCGACGGCGACCGCCGACGCUGCCGCUCCUUCGCGGCGCAGAGGCGAAGACGUUUCCCGGAGGGAGGCAGCACCCGGCGGCCUGCCCUCUGCCCGCGGGAUUGCCACCCUGAACGAGCUGGAGGGCGGGAAAGAUCGUCUCCAGUCGCAGCUGGAGGGCCUGAAGCUGUGCCGCGCGCUCUUGGAGGCUGCAGAGACGCUCCUGCCGCUCUCCCUCGUCCUGUCCGCCGGCCUAUUUGCCGAGAUCAAACGGCGCGUGCAGGGCGAGCGACCAGUCGAGCCCGGCGCUGACCUCCGCCGACGCAACCGCGCGCAGGAAAGCAGAAACGAAGCGGAGGCAGGCGCCGCAGAGACCGAUGAAGCUCGCGGCCAGGUCCCGCUCGUCGCGCGCCUCUUUGACAUCGUUCGCCUCUGCUCCCUGCGCGGCUCGCAGGUCCGCCGCGAGCACAUGGAGGCUGAAAUGAAGGCCUGCGUUGACUAUCUCCACGAGAACUAUCUCCUGGAAGCGCACGAAACCGCAGCGAGCAUGUUUCCAGGCGCCCGCGUGUCUCCUCUCUCCAGCGAGAGUGCGCAGGCGACUCGCUCAGCUGCGCGCGAGCAAGCCGAGCCUAAAGUCCACGAAGGCGGGGCGCAAGCGCGUUUGCCAGGCGAGGCCGCGGGGCUUGCUAGGGCUACCGGAGGCGCAGAGCGCCAGCAGGGGUCAAAUGAAGAUACGCGGCGCGACCCGAGCGCCGCCGAGGGCGCUGCGGCUGCGUUUCGCGGGCCUCCGCAGACUCCUGCGGCGACUCGUGAACGGGGCGGCAGACCCCAAACUCAGCAGAGGGCACCGCGGAGAUUCGCCGCUUUCCUUCAUGACGAGUUUGAACAGCGGAGCCGAACGCACGCUUCCGCAGUGGAGGAAGCCAGAGCAGCGCAGGCAGCGCGAAGUGCGGUGAAGCAGCCGCUUGCUCACGCGCAUGGGCGCCCUACUCGCCAGGGCGAAGAUCAACAGGAGACGCCAAGGAACGCAGGUCUCCUCCCUCCUGAAAGUGGCGCGUCUGUUCUGCCUUCGGCAUCGAUCGCUCCCGUCGGUCAAUCCGGCGAGCGCGCGCCUGUCUGUUUCCCAGCCGACUCUUCUGCUCUAUGCGGGAGACUCGCGAACGGCUCUAGGACGCCCACCCCUUCAUUUGCUUCUUCGGUUGGCGCGGGCAGCUCCUCAGCUUCGUCCGAGGCUUCUUCAGCGUGCCUCGUUCCCGCUCAACACGCAGACACCUUUCCGGCUAGCAGUGGUCAUCGCCCCGCUGAUGUCGCCCCUUCGUCGCGCAACGCCCUGUCGCCGGUCGCUGACUCUUCCUUCGUUCCUCCUCGGCCGCGUCCUCAGCUUCCACCGCCUCCUUCGGGUUCUCCUGCUUCGCCUUCAUCUCGCUCUUCUUGUUCGCCUCCUGGCUCGCCGGCGUCUUCGGACUCUUCUCCGCCGGCGCGCUCUGCUUCCUCUCUCAGGCACAUGGAGGAGCUUCACCGCCAGUGUUUGCUUUUCUGUCGAGACACGCAAGCGGUCGCGAGCGCGCUCCAAAAAAUGCCUCACCUGCGGUCGCCCGUGCUGCUUCUCCGUUUUUUUCUCCACGAGGAGGGGCUCGGUGCGCUGCCUGGUGCGUGCCGCAGAGCCGCGUCGCUCCCGUCAUCCAGCCUCUCUCAGUCUCCGUCGCGGCUGCCCGCAGCUGCAGCGGACAAGCACUCGAGCGCCUCAGGCGCGCGCGAGCUCGCCUCCGCCGCCUCUGCAGCGCCCAUUGAAGGCCGCGACAAAACACUCCUGAGAGGCGAGGCAGAGGCAGAAGGAACGAAGGAAGAAGGAGACGAGGCUGUUCAUGCGGUGGCGGAAGGUUCCGUGGCUCUGACAGGAUCGCCUGCCGCGCGAAGACCGCCUGAGAGAAAAGCGAGUGAAGGGGCGAAAGAGAGGCCGUCGGCGGAGAGGCCUGCAGAAGGGUCAGUACCGACGGCCGCGGCUCUGGGCGAGGCGAGGCUGCCCACGGCCUUCUUUCUCUCUCGUCCUGCUGCGGCUUUUCCCGCGCACCUCAGGGCGGCGGAAGCCGCGCCUUCGUCCGCUGAGGGAACGCCUCCAGGCACUCUCUCAUUCGGGCCUCAACGCGACGGACAGGCGCCCGCAGGCGCCGCUCCAGCGGCGGACCGAGGCGCGCCGAGCGAGCGGGAUGACGCGGCGAACGGCGCACGAGCGGCAGCGGGUACCCGAAGGGGAAUCCAGCCCCUCUCAGCCACGCUGGCGCAGCGUGCAAGCGCUGAUUUUUCGCUGGCGCUCUCGCGGACGUUUCGGCUCCCGCGGCUGCUGCUGCAGAAGCUGCAGUCGGCAUUCUCGUCAGCUGCCUCGCGGCCUUCCUCCGCGCCCGCUGUCUCCCCGCCUCGUCGAGCUGCUCUCGCCGCCCGCGGGGCUCUCGACGAGGCUGCUGCGCCUCCAAGCGGCGCUUCCCGGGGGCCCGCAGGCGGGUACGGCGGAGAGGGGGCCGCGACUCGUUGUUCGUCUCCACGCAGACGGCCAGAUUCCUCUGACGACGCAAACGAGGAGGCGAGAGGCACGGUGCGCAGCAGGGAGCGAGCACGCGAGACGUGGAACCGAGAGCCGCUCGAGUCCCUGAAAAGGUGGAAAAGCCAGACGCUGGUCUCCUGCACUUACUUGGGCUCCGCCGCCGUGGAGACAGGCUUGAACCCCUGGGAAGCGCUCGAGGCGUUUGCAGACCUCUACAAGGCAAUUCAUCAAGGGCUCCAGUUGCGAAAUGAUCUGCAUCUUCUGUACCUUGGUGGCGCACCUGUGGCUGCGCAAACGAAUAUCUCUUGGUCUGCCUUUCUUCGCGUCUACGACGGCCUCGAUCUGCUCUCGAGGAAACUCGCGGACUUCCUUGGGAUCUCCAGGGCUUUUCUCCUGCGCGCCGCGCGAGCCUCGGGCGGCGGCGCAAACAGACGGGAGACGAGUUUGGCGGACGCGCUCGCAACCGGCGGCGCGACAGCCGCGGCCCUGGCGCUGCAUGACACGCACCAGCUGCUCUUCGAGGAUCGGGUGUCUUUCGAGGGUCUGCAGAGGGCGCAGGCGCUUCUUUGCCAUCGCCGUUUCUUCGUGGCGCUGCAGCUUCUGGACGUCCUCGCGCGCGACAUGCCCGUCCCCCUGGUUGCAGAGAAGUUCGGCACCUCGGCGGCCUCGGUGCAGCGGACGCUCUCGCAGGCCGCGCUCUUCGCAGCGACGAUGGCGAAGUUCGUCGCGAGCAUGCCCAGCCAGCUCGCAGCGCUCAGCGAGGUUUUCUCCCAGCUGUCGGAGAAGCUGCAUCUCGUGUCCUUCAGCUGUUGGGCGAGUCCCUCGCAUCCGCGCGGCGCCGCUGCCGCCUGCCCGCCCUCCGCGUCUGCCGCUUCGGGGGCUUCCGCUUCCUCUCAUCCAUUUGCGGCGGCCUUUCCUCUCGCGCCCAGCGUCCGAGGCUUCGCAGCUGCCCGGCGCCCCGCCUCCGCCUCGGACGCCGCGCCGCCUUCUUCUGGAUUGCUCGCCUCGUGCUUCGCGGCUUGCAGCCCCCCCAACGCUCUUGCGCCGCCGCCAGAAAUCCUGCAGCUCCGCGCGCGGUUCGCCGAGAGCCUCUCCCUCCGGCAGGCUGCGGCGCUCGUCGGCGCAGGCCUGGCGACGCCCGAGGCGAUCGCGGUCGCGCCCGUCGGCAGGAUUUUCAAAGCCCUAGAGGAGACAGAGGCAGCGGACCUCUUUUUUUUUGAAGAUCAAGACGCGCACAGAUCCGACUCGAGCCGAACGGCCUCUCGAGAGACAGUCUGGCGCAUGCAUCGAUUGAAACUCGAAGCGAGGCGUCUGACCGCCGCGGGGAGAAUCAAGAUGGAGGCUCGGGAGAUCCUCAAGAACGAAAUUCAGAAGUUGGAAGACGAAGCUUACCAGCAGCAGGUGUUGGCUUCGCAUCAUUCCGGCGCGUCGCGGAAGGCGCAGGCUGCGUCCUUCGCCGCUUCCGCGCACUCUCUCGCUCCCCUCGCGGGGCGUUCGGGCGUCCGCGCGCAGGAUGAAAAUGACUCACACGAUGAAGCGGAGCGAGGCGGCAGUCUCGCGCGUGUGUCUGUCAGGGCUGGCGGGAGUGCCGCGCCCCAAGGAGACAGCCGCGCGCACCGGGGCGACGGGAACUCUCUGCCGGAGCCUCCCGCCGCCGCGGCUUCUUCGCGGGCCGUCGUCUGCGAGAGGAGUGCCGGCGAUCGAAGACGAAGCGCGUCGCUCGCUCAAAUCAGAAAUCCGGUUUUUCUGCAGAGAGGCAAGCGCGCGCGAUACGCAGGGGACAGCGUCGCGGGGGCUGAAGGGGGGAACCCGCGACGGCGCAGCGGACAGAGUGACGACACGAGCGACGACGAAGACGAGGACAGCGAAGACGACGAAGACGAGCUGGAAUACGAGGAGGAUUUAUGCGAGGAAGCGAGCACCGACGAGUCCGCAGAUGAGAGCUCCUCAACCGACGCUUCAGACGACGAGCGGCGUGUCCUCGCCCACAGUCCGGCGUGGCAGCGGGAACCGCCCCCGCGGUUCUCUUAA